AUGAAAAAAGAUUCCUUGACUUAUGGAGAAUACGCUGAAUAUCACAGUCAGCGACGAAAGCGAGUGAAAACCACUGAACCCAUUGUCUCGACUAACAAUGAAUUGAUGCCAUUCGAGGCAAACUCUGAUUUAGUCCGACAAAUACCAUAUGCCAUCAGAGGACUCAUAUUUGAAUUGAACGAGGUGGAAUUUGGCAGAUUUAAAACACUGUUUAGCACUCUGGAGAUACUAAAAGAUCCGGCCGUAAAGAGUACAGUAAAGAUCACAGCAAUGGCAGACAUUUUUAGUAUUUUAGAGGUGAGAAAUGAACGCAAAUAUCAACAAAUCGUGAAAAUGUGUACGAAUUUCAACGAAUUCAGCGAUUUGUGCGAAGACGACAAGAUCUCACUCUUGAAGAGUAACGUUACGGAGAUUUUCUUUUUGCUGACUGUUAUGUACUUUGAUUUUGAGGACGAAUUCUGGACUAUUGUUAUUGAUAACGAAAGUGCAUUUAAAAUCCCGUUAACCUUUCUUAAAGCGGGCAAAUGGGGUCUCUAUGACGCCCACAGAAGGUUUAUGAUGAAUCUAAAACAGGAAUACGACAGCGAUGUUAAUCUCAUUGAUAUUUUGACCGCAAUAUUGCUCUUCAAUCCAAUGGGAAAGGAUUUGGUUUAUAAAGAUAGUGUUAAAUUUCAGCAAAAGACAUAUAUUUAUUUACUUCAACGGUAUUUAGAGAUUAAACACAACUCAAAGUCAGAAUCGGAGACAAGAUUUGUGCGAUUAAUGAAUUGUUUGCAGGAAUUAUUUGCCGUAAUUCCUCUUCAUAUCAAUAAUUAUAUAGCGGCCGAAACGCCGACUAAAAAACCGGGUCCACUCAUCAAAGAGUUACUCAAUGCUUAAAUUAUACUCAAAUUAUUUUA